CCCGCGCGGCCGGGGCUCCGUGGCGCGCGCCGUGCCGCAGGUGGCAGCGAUGGCCCAGUGCUGAGCGCCCCGCCAUGGCCGGCGUCCCGGGGCCGCUCCGCCUGGCGCUGCUGCUGCUCGGGGCGGUGGGCAGGGCCGGCCCCCGCCCCCAGGGUGCCACCGUGUCCCUCUCGGAGACUGUGCGGAAAUGGCGAGAGUACCGACGCCAGUGCCAGCACUUCCUGACCGAGACCCCGCCCCCAGCCACAGACCUCUUCUGCAACCGGACCUUCGAUGACUAUGCCUGCUGGCCGGAUGGGUCCCCAGGCUCCUUCGUGAACGUCAGCUGCCCCUGGUACCUGCCCUGGGCCAACAGCGUGCUGCAGGGUCACGUCUACCGGUUCUGCACCGCGGACGGCCUGUGGCUGCACAAGGACAACUCAAGCCUGCCCUGGAGGGACCUGUCCGAGUGUGAGGAUUCCAAGCGAGGGGACCGCAGCUCCCCGGAGCGGCAGCUCCUGUCUCUUUACGUCAUCUACACGGUGGGCUACGCGCUCUCCUUCUCAGCGCUGGUCGUCGCCUCGGCCAUCCUCCUGGGCUUCAGACACCUGCACUGUACCCGGAACUACAUCCAUCUGAACCUCUUUGCGUCCUUCAUCCUCCGAGCACUGUCCGUCUUCAUCAAGGAUGCGGUCCUCAAGUGGAUGUACAGCACGGCCGCCCAGCAGCAUCAGUGGGACGGGCUCCUCUCCUACCAGGAGUCUCUGGGCUGUCGCCUGGUGUUCCUGCUCAUGCAGUACUGCGUGGCGGCCAACUACUACUGGCUCCUGGUGGAGGGGGUGUACCUGUACACGCUGCUGGCCCUGUCCGUCUUCUCCGAGCAGCGCGCCUUCAGGCUCUACCUGAGCGUUGGCUGGGGUGUCCCCCUGCUGUUUGUCAUCCCCUGGGGCAUCGUCAAGUACCUCUAUGAGGACGAGGGCUGUUGGACCAGGAACUCCAACAUGAAUUACUGGCUCAUAAUCCGGCUGCCCAUCCUCUUCGCCAUUGGGGUGAACUUUCUCAUCUUUGUCCGGGUCAUCUGCCUUGUGGUGUCCAAACUGAAGGCCAACCUCAUGUGCAAGACAGACGCCAAGUGCAGGCUCGCCAAGUCCACGCUGACACUCAUCCCCCUGCUGGGGACGCAUGAGGUCAUCUUCGCCUUCGUGAUGGACGAGCACGCCCGGGGAGUGCUGCGCUUCGUCAAGCUGUUCACGGAGCUCUCCUUCACCUCCUUCCAGGGGCUAAUGGUGGCCAUCCUGUACUGCUUUGUCAACAAUGAGGUCCAGAUGGAGUUCCGGAAGAGCUGGGAGCGCUGGCGGCUGGAGCACCUGCAUGUCCAGAGGGAGAACAGCAUGAAGCCCUUCAAGUGUCCCACCAGCAGCCUGAGCUGCGGGCCCACAGCGGGCAGCAGCAUGUACUGAUUCCUAGUUGCAGAGUGCUCAUCACACCCCCAGUUGCCCCAAGCCUUUUAACACCGAGCAACAUUUUCCUUGUCAGAUACAUACCAGAUGCUGAAUUGAAGAAAUACUUUCUUUGCUCUAAGACCCGCACUAUUAAUAUUCAUUUGAGUGGCAGUGCACUCUGUCCAAAGUUAUUCCCAAACUAAAUAUAGCGCCCUGGCAGAUCUGGGAACGAUUGAAUGCAAUGUACUCAGAAAUUCCUCUGGCUGUUUACAUGCCUGGUGCCCGAAGUCUGGAGCUUGCCGAGAAAACUCUUGCUUGCCUCUGUCCUGGGGCAGGGUAAGGUGCUGUGUGUGUGAGCCCUGCAGCCAGGUCUGAUGACUGUCAUGAAUGGAAGCCAAGUUCAGCACUCUGGCCAGCUCCCCACUGACCUUGUGAGGGGCUUAAACCAUGUCAACUUAUCUUUUUCAUCUGAAUCUUUGGAGCAGCUAAACCACAGAACUGAGACAAACCACUUACGUUGCAAGGUUGCCUUCCCUUUAGAGCAACUUUCCUGGUUUGCAGGAGUGAUUUGCAGUUGCCUCAAUGCACUGUUAUGCUGGAGAGUACAGCAGUGGAGUUCUCAGAGUCAGCAGGGAAAGAUCUCGGACACCUCACUGCUCUGAUCUGGAGAAUUGAGGAGGGAAGCUCACAGAGGUGAUCUGCCCAAGGUCACACUGCUAGAUGGUGGCUGAACUGGGCGAGGACCCAGGCCAACUUCUGCCUCCCAGUCCAGUGAAGCCUCUGGAAGGGAUAGAUGAAAAAUAGAAAUGGCCAUUCAGGACACUCUUAGUGAAAGUUGGCAGUGUGGUGUGGCGUUUCUGUUAAAGAGAAAACACAGCGGCAGAGAGAGACAAGUCAGUUGGUGCAGGUGCCAUUUGGGUGAUUUAUGCCACCGAGAAGAGGGGAGGGUGUGCUCUGCUGUCAUCCCACGUAUCUCAUUCAUUAUUGUCUUCAAAUUAAGAAAUGAAAUGCCUCAGAGCUCAAGUGUACACAGAAACAGCGAGGAGCCAUUUCGGAUCACAAAUCCAGCGCUCUUUUAAUGGGUUGGCUUAGUGUUUUUCUGACACGCCUGUGCUCGUUUGAGAAGCUGUGUGUUCUGACAGCCCCCAGGAGUGGACUAAAAGAGCCCAGAGAAGGACCUAACAACCUGACCCUCAGCAUUGCCUCUCUAGUACUCCCUGAAGUUGGAGAAGGCUAGCAAGCCUGGAAAAGAUGGCACAGCUGCCACCGAGGGCAAAUAGCGUCAGUUCACAUCCACGUCCCCAAAGGCUUGGUCACCUCAUCUGCGUGGGCCACGUUUCAGCAGCUCCUGUCCCCGCUUCUUCCUGUUUCUCCUAGAAGAAGACUGUGUGUGUGUGUGGUGGGGGGGGGGUGUUGUCCUGUGCAUAGCAGUAUAAAGUUAGAGGUGGAUCCAGAAUCAUUCCCCUCCCCACGGUGAAGGUCAGGGGGCCGCACGGCAGGGGCGUGAGAACGGUGGGAGCCUGAGCUAGAUGCUCUCUCUCCAUGUGCAGACAGGGCUCCCAUUACUGCUAAUGCCCGCGACGUGUUCAGGGAAGACAAGAUACACUCCGAAGGUUUAUUUUCCCUCCACUGAAUUGAUUCUAAUCACAGUGCUGACCCCGCUUUUGGCUCCUCCAAGGAGCUGAAAGCUAUAAAAGACAUGUCGGCUCCCUCUGCUAAGACAGCUAUGUGAAUGACAUGCUAAAUACACAACAGAAACCAAAUUAGUAUCAAUUCUUUUUUUUUUUUUUUUUCCUUUUCUUGGCUGCAGCAAGUUUCCUUGGGGAAAAACAUGACCCAAUGUGAGAAAUUUCUGCAGAUGGCAUCACCAUGCCCCUGCAGUGUUAUCUGCUGACUCAAACCAGCUCUCCGGCCCCCACGCUGAGGGCCGUAUCAAGGAAGCAUUGUUAAGCAGUAUAAUUUGAAACACUUAACGCCACAGUGUAUCCACAGUAUCUAUAAUUACUUCUGCUCUGUCUGUGGAUACAGAUUGGCAGGAAGCAGAUAAGUAUAAUUGUUUUCCAAUUAACUCUCAAAGUCUUUUGGACUUGGCCUGUAUCUGAGUCUAUCUGAGGAGUGAGUUUUCCCUUUUCCCCUUCUGCCAUUCUAGUCAGUUUUUUGGGAUCUCAUCCAGCAAGGGAACAUUCUCCCCUUGAAGCAUCCGAUGUCUUCCCCAGCCCAAUAUUUACCCCCUCUCACCUCCCGUCCCUGCAGUGGGCUUCCCACGCUUCUCCCUGGCUGCAUCGUUAAGAGGUGAGCCCACCAGCUGUGGUAGGAGUGCUGGGCUCUCGACUGUGACCAAUUCCGGGGUACAGCUAGGAGUGGGGCGCAGCCAGGGCUGAAGUCAUUUACCGCAUCCUGCAUUCCAGUGCAGUGAGGAGGGCUGCAGCCAGCAGCGUGGAUCCUAACUUACAUUGGGGUUAAGCAACCUUUCCUGAUGGGGCCUGUCAAAGCUCUCAGUAAUCAGUCAACAGCCCGGACAAUCUAGUGCGACUGAUUAUCUCUGCAUCAGUGCAAUCCAGGAGAAAAAAAAAAAAAAUAUAUAUAUAUAUAUAUAUAUAUAAAUGAGAAUGUUUGGAUCUGGGGUGGGGAGGGGGAAGCUCUCAGCCAAGUUUGGAACAUGUAACAAGUUAGGUGUUGAGGCCUCUCUGCAAGGGGAGCCAGUGAGAAUAGUCAGAAAGGGGAAAGAUUCGUAGCUGACAGAGCUGCAUCUUGCCAAAUGGUUCAUGUGGUACUUCCAAAUCUGCAUUUCCUCUAAGCUUCUCCCACUAAAAAUAAUCAUCAUACCCUCAGAGCAGAUAAACCUGGACGUUUGGGAUCGGGGGGCGGUGGAUGCAGAGCUGAGAUGCACCGAGAGGAAGGUGAGUGAAGCUCUCAGGAGGGACAAAACGGAAUUUCUGUCUUCAGUUCUCUUGGGGGAUGUUGUGCUUCAUGAAUGUUUAAACAAGGUAAUCUUCAUGCGAUUUCUUAACAUAUAAACUCAUGUAAAAUAUGACCUGCGACUUACAGGUAGCAAAUGUGUACGGCAUGUAAUUCGUGUACAGACGCGAAUGGAUUCACACUCUUUCCUAAUCUGCCUUGUAAGUCAAAUAAAAGCCUGUCCUUACUGU